CCCCGCCAUCGCUACCCUCCCCCUCCCGCCGCCGAUCUUUCUGGCUUCCAAUCCGUCGCUGAAGCCUCCUCUGUCCUCGCCGCCAUCAUACUCGUUCACGAAUCCGGCCAUUUCCUUGCUGCCUCCCUCCUCGGAAUCCGCAUCUCCCAAUUUGCCAUCGGAUUCGGCCCACCUCUCGCUCGCUUCUCCUCCUCCUCCGGCAUCGAGUUCUCUCUCCGCUCCUUCCCUCUCGGCGGCUACGUUGCCUUUCCCGACGCCGAUGACCCCGAGUUUCCCGAAUCUGGUCUCGAUCCCGACGACCCUGAUCUCCUCCGCAACCGUCCUCUUCCCCAUCGAUUCCUCGUCGUCUCUGCAGGUGUGGCCGCCAAUCUGUUAUUUGCUUACCUCGUCCUCUUUUCCCAAUGCUUAUCACUCGGUGCAGCCGUGCGGCAACCCCUUCCUGGCAUCCUGAUCCCCGAAGUCCGGCCUCUAUCUCCAGCCGCCGUCGCCGGACUUCUCUCUGGCGAUGUUAUCCUCGAUGGGCCUUCCGUCUACGGUCUCGUGGAUCUGAUCAAAUCCAGCCCUGGAAAGAGCAUUCCCUUCCAAAUCUCCCGCCAAACCAUACCCGACCCGUUCAUCGUCAAUGUUGUACCGGACAUGGAUUCGGAUGGCACAGGAAGAAUUGGCGUUCAGCUCUCCCCUAACUUCACGGUUACCAGAAUCCGACCGGCGAAUAUCUUUGAAGCCAUUCGAUUCUCCGGAAAGGAGUUUGUUUCGCUGACAGCCACAGUUUUGGAUGGGUUGAAGGAGACGUUCAUGAAUUUCUCGCAGACGGCUGGAAAGGUAGCAGGGCCGGUGGCUAUUAUUGCUACAGGGGCGGAAGUGGCGAGGUUGAGUUCAGAUGGGUUGUUUCAGUUUGCUGCUGUGAUUAAUUUGAAUUUGGCGGUGAUCAAUCUGCUGCCAUUGCCUGCUUUGGAUGGUGGAACUUUGGCUUUGCUGCUGGUGGAGGCUGCACGGGGUGGCCGAAAGCUGCCGAGGGAGUUGGAGCAGAGGAUCAUGUCAUCAGGCAUUAUGGUUGUUUUGAUGCUUGGUUUAAUACUCAUUGUGAGGGACACCCUUAAUCUUGAUUUCGUGAAGGAGAUGUUGUGAUUAGGAGGUCAGACGGUGGAUUGGUUUUGGAGCAAAGGAUGUCUGUCAGGAAGUGCAUUGUGGUUGGGAUUGAUUGGUUUGGAGGCAGAGUUGGCUCGGUGGGUAAAGCACAAAAACUUUUUCUUUGUUUUUUUUUUUGGUUUUCCUUAAUCUUAAUUUUCCUCAGGUUUACAGUGGUAAGUAUGGAUGCAAAUAUCUUGUAAAGUAGAACUGUUGAUGAAGAAGAGGAUUUAAUAUUGGCAGUUGGUUAAUUGGUAACCGAAUAUAAUCAUUUAUUUGUACUUGCUUAAGGCCAUAGUCUUAGCUGAUUUGAUAGGUCCAUAGUCAGGUUAUACAUUUGUUCAAGUUUCUGUUAUGUUAUCUCCUGCAACAUGAAUUUUGAGCUA